UUAGGGCCAUCGCUACUUUUAUUUUGAAAGCAAACAGGAAAUGAACCAUUACCACUACCGGUAGUUAUAAAUUAGCGUUAACAUUUUUCCUCAAAACUUAAAGCGGUAAGUGUUCAUUUUUACAGGCGUGAUGGCUUCCACGGCACCGAUUAAGAUUGGAAUAAUUGGUGGUUCUGGCCUUGAUGAUCCAGAUAUCCUGGAGGGACGGACUGAGCGUUAUGUGGAAACACCCUAUGGGAAGCCAUCUGAUGCUUUGAUAUUGGGAAAGAUUAAAAAUGUGGAGUGUGUCCUUCUUGCAAGGCACGGGCGGCAGCAUACCAUAAUGCCAUCUAAUGUGAACUAUCAAGCCAACAUUUGGGCACUGAAGGAAGAGGGAUGCACGCAUCUGCUGGUUACCACAGCCUGUGGUUCCCUGCGUGAGGAGAUUCAGCCAGGCGAUAUUAUCGUCAUAGACCAGUUCAUUGACAGGACUACGAAGCGAGCCCAGACAUUCUAUGAUGGACAGUCCACGAGUCCUGCAGGCGUUUGCCACAUCCCCAUGGCUGAGCCUUUCUGCAACAGGACCAGAGAGGUUUUGAUCGAGGUGGCGCGGAGUUUGGGCGUCAAGUGCCAUGAGCGAGGGACUAUGGUGACCAUUGAGGGGCCACGCUUCUCCUCUCGGGCAGAGAGCCUCAUGUUCCACCAGUGGAAAGCUGAUGUCAUCAACAUGACCACUGUGCCAGAGGUGGUCCUCGCCAAGGAGGCUGGCUUGUGCUACGCUAGCAUCGCCAUGGCAACGGACUAUGACUGUUGGAAGGAGCACGAGGAGGCGGUCUGUGUUGACAAUGUAUUGAAGACGAUGAAGGAGAACGCAAACAAAGCCAGCAGUAUCCUGCUCACAGCCAUUCCCCAGAUUAGUCAGAUGGACUGGUCCCAGACAAUGAAGAGCUUGAAAUCAAUGGCACAAUCUUCAGUAAUGUUACCAAAACACUGAAUGUAGACAACACCAGAAAACCAGACAUCACCUGCAUCGAUUCAUCACCAACAACAGACUAAACUCUGCCUGUGGACUCAUCAUCAGUGAAUCACAACAAAGUGCCUCACAUUAAUAACACAUGGUCUGUGUCAUUAGCUGGAAUUUUAGUGUCUGUCUCUGUGUAGACGUUGCUCUAGCACCUUGUUCACAGCCAAAAUCACUUUCUUUUGUUAAUACAGUAAAAAUGCAGAUCUUUGCACAUCUAAAAUUAAAAAAAAGCUAAAUUCUUUGGUCCUAACUUUUAGCUUUAUAAAAUGCACCUUUCUAAAAUACUUUGUUUUAUUGGCAAGUCUGGACUCACAAAUUGAAUAUAUUGUGGAUGUCUAAAAAGAAUCUGCCUCCAGGUUUUAGUGGGUGCUAAAGAUUCUUGGUCUCCUAAUCCUAGGAUUAAUUGGAUGUUUCAAGUAGGUGCCCUUGAUUCAUCUGCAUGUCAAAUGUGUCUCCUUUUGAAAAUGUAUGGGAACCAUAGGACAUUGACUGAGGCCUGUUAAGCAGCUAAUAUAAUAUAAUAAAAACAAAUAUUCCACUUAAAGAAACAUUUGGUAUGCUCAGUCCUCAACAACCUACUGUAUUUUAGUAAAAAGUCAACAUUUCUGGAAAAGUUUUUUUUUUUUUAAUUUUAAUUUCUCCACGACUGUAUUACUGUAUUAGCAUGCUCCAAAAAUGAGAUGUUUUUUUUCCAGUGCCUUCUAAUAUGUUUAAGCCUGUUUGUUGAUUAUUUCUUACCACCACGUGAUGAUUAUUAUUCUGUUGCAGCAUCUAAACAUUUUCUCUCUGUAUAGCGCUAUCUCAGCAACUGUAUUAAUAAUGCUGCAAAUCUGUCCUGAUAUCUAUAGUAAAGGUAGCCUGCGGAAAUACAUUGUAAUAGGUUCUGUUUGUUGCAUGUUGCAGUAAAAUGCUGAGUAGCCUAAACCUGUGUAAAAGGUCAGCUAGUAUAGAAAAAGUAAAACUGCAUUGACUGUUUUCUGCCUUCUGACGUUUACAUAAAAAUGUCUAGUAAUGAUUUAUUUUCAAGAGCUUCACAUUUUAUGACAUAAUUCAAACAAGUUAACAUGAUGAA